AUGGGAAAGAAUAAAACACACCUAAGAGAGGGAGCUUCGACAGGGUCAAUUAAACAUAAUGAGAACAGUGAAAAUGAAAAUCACGUUAUUGCCCAAUUGCAAGAUCCUAUUGAAAUUGAUGGUCACGACUCUUUUGUGUCAGAUCAGACGCAGAAAUCAUUUAGUCAACUGGAUGAUUCUAGUGAGGCUCCAUCAAGCAUGACUGAUGAAACUCUCAUUGACAGCGUUGGUGAUUGUUUUGUAGGUGACCAAUACGUUGACAGUAAUGUUACUGAAAAACCUGAAGCUGUGGUGCAUCAACAAACCUAUGCUCAAGUGGCCAAAUCGUCCCCAAAAACUUGUAAAUCUAAUGAAAAGCCCAGCACGGUUGAUAAACCUGGAAAUAAUUCGCAAAAUCAUCUAAUACAAAGAAGCACUGAUGCUGAUGGCUUUAUUGGGGUCGACCGAAGGCGAAAAAGAAUAAAGAAUUGUUUUCUUUCUGGAAUACACGAGAGUGUCAAAGAGAAUCAGAUCCUGUCUUAUUUAGAGCAACGUAAUAUAACACCGACCCAUAUUUCAUUGUUUCGAAGUCAACGUAUGGGAACACGCUCUGCAAAAGUCCAUAUUCCAACCUCAGUGGGGUUGCUAGUUCAAUCUGACAUUUUCUGGCCAAAGUUCGUCAAAUGUAGACCUUGGCAACCAAUAAAUUCCAGAAAUUCUACUGAACGUGAAAUUAAAAUUAACACUACCCAUCAUGGGAAAUACUCAACAUGUGUGUAAUGGCUAGAAUACCAGUUAGAAUCUCUUCCUUCCGUAAUAACAUGUCUAGACCAAAGCAAAGCGGGCGUGAUAGAAAUAAUUUGAUAUCAGUGUUGCAGAGAACUCAUGCUGACGUUUCCACCCAGGCCAAUAAUAUUAACAGAGCCAGAAUUAAUAACAAUCAACUGUCGAAGUCCUUCCAUAAGUCGAAAAUUAAAACCGCCCACCUGAAUAAUCGAUCGCUAAAGAAACGCGACCAUCUUCUACAAUUACGUUGUUUAGUUAAAGAAAAAGACUACGAUGUUUUUGCAGUGUUAGAAAGUUGGUUAAAUUCCACGAUUUCAAAUGCAGGGGUGGAAAUCGAAGGAUAUAAACUAUCAAGAUUGGAUAGAACAAGGAAAUCAGGAGGAGGGGUAUGUGUAUACACACGAACCUCGUUGAAAGUUAAAAUCCCUACAGAGCUCACUGAAAUAUCACCGUCCGGUUCUCACCAAUUAUGGAUGCAUGUUCAGCACAGGAAUCUAAAAUCUAUCUUAUACAGUAGAUGUCAUUAUGGCAACUAAUACUGGUCUAUAGUAGCCGAAAGUGGAGUAGUGGAAAAUCAUAUAAGCGAUCAUUACUUGAUUUUUACCGUGCUAAAAUAAAUACUUCCAAAACUCCAACCUGCGCUUAUAAACGUCAGAAGCUAUAAACACUACGAUCCGAAUAUGUUUUUGGAAGAUAUAGCACAAGAGCAAUGGGAUAAUAAUAAUAAUAAUAAUAUUUAAUAUUUAUACAGGAAUGCCUAUUCAGUGAAAAUUCACUGUUAUCAACUAGGGUCCUGUCGUUAGGUUAAAAAUUGUUCUAAAAAAAAGUUACAGUAUAUACAUAUAUAUAUAUAUAUAUAUAUAUAUAUAUAUAUAUAUAUAUAUAUAUAUAUAUAUAUAUAUAUAUAUAUAUAUAUAUAUAUAUAUAUAUAUAUAUAUAUAUAUAUAUAAACUAUGCUAUCCUAAUAAGGGUAUAUACAGAAUAUAAAAAUCCGUAAAAAACGUACAUGAUUCAAAUAUUUAAGAAAUAUUUAAAAAAGCUUGCAGUUUCGCGUUAAAAUGUUCAAAGUCUCUGCUUUUCUUAUGUCUAGAGGCAGUUCAUUAUAUGUUUUUCCACCAAGAAAAUAAAAGCCAUUUCAUAUAAAAGUUAUUAAAAAAUAAGAUAUUAUUAGAUAUUAAAUAGAUAAUAAUAGAUAUUAAUAUUAGAUAUUAAUAUUAGAUAUUAAUAUUAGAUAUUAUUAAGAUAUUAUUAGAUAUUAAAGCCAUUUCAAAUAAAAGAUAUUUCAUUGGUUGAUGACGUGGACGGACAAUUAAAUAAUUUUAACCGUAAUUUCCUCAGAAUUUUGGAUACUAGACAUGCUCCCGUUAAAACCAUAAAAGUCAGAUAUCGCCACUCGCCGUUUGUGAAUGAAAUAAAAGAGCUGAUGAAGAAAGGGGAUCGUUUGCACAGAGUAGCGCGGCAGACCAAAAAUAUCUGUGACUGGGACAGUUUUCGCGUGGCUCAUAAUGAAGUAAAGAAAACAUUGCUAGAGGCAGAAAAAAGGUAUGUCCAAAAUGAAAUUUACAAAAAUAAGGAACCGAACGCAAUGUGGAAAGUUAUUAGGAGAUGCGUGCCCCGCAAAGAGGGCAAAACAUCUUUUAUACAUCAAAACAUCUUUUAUAUGUCAAUUAUAUAUCAAAACAUCUUUUAUACAUCAGUUGGGGUUAAAGCCGCAGAAGAGUCGAAGAAAAUAGCCAUUGCAAAUAAUCUUCCGUCAGUUCAACCUAACAAUCUUGUAUUAAAUAACAACACGGAUGAGUUUAACUUCCGCCCUGUAUCAUCUUAUGAAAAAACGUAA